CCGACUCCACGUAGCUGCUACAGCUGGAGAGGGGCGGAGGGUAAAGAUGGCGGAAACGGAGGAUCGAGAUGCCAGUGGAAACAGGCAGCUGUUUGCAGGUUUGUCAGAUGUAUCCAUAUCAGGAGAUAUUCCAGUGGAGGGGGAAAUCACUGUGCCUAUGGCCUCUCAGUCACAGGAGGAAGAUUACUCUACAUUAGAUGAACCUGUCAAGGAGACCAUAAUGCGGGACCUAAAGGCUGUUGGCAAGAAGUUCAUACAUGUUAUGUAUCCCAAAAAGAGCACUGCACUGCUCAGAGACUGGGAUUUAUGGGGCCCAUUGGUGCUCUGUGUAUCACUUGCCCUAAUGCUCCAGGGCAGUUCAGCUAACAGCAAGGACGAUGGAGGACCACAGUUCGCAGAGGUCUUUGUUGUCAUUUGGUUUGGCGCCGUGGUCAUCACUUUAAAUUCAAAGCUUCUAGGCGGCACAAUCUCUUUUUUCCAGAGUCUAUGUGUGUUGGGUUACUGUAUCCUGCCUCUCACUGUGGCAAUGCUAGUAUGCAGACUAGUGUUUCUUGGGGGCAUGAACACAGUGACUUUCGUUAUACGACUGGUCGUAGUGUCUCUCAUGUUUGCUUGGUCCACCUUUGCCUCCACAGCAUUCUUAGCAGACAGUCAACCUCCCAAUCGCAGGGCACUUGCAGUUUAUCCAAUAUUCCUCUUUUACUUUGUAAUCAGCUGGAUGAUUCUGACCUUCAGUCCUUGAGCUACAGUAAAUACACCAGGUCAUAAGCUUGGACUAGUUUGGAUCUACCAGCACAUGGAAGGAUUGUAUAACUGUAUUUGGACGUUUCUCCAAAACACCGGAGUUAGUCAACUCUGUGUGAGUGAGCUGCAGUACAGGAAGACCGUACGUGUGUCCAAGCAGUUGUUAGUUUAACUUGUAUAUAACCCUGCACUAUAUAGAAGCCUCUACAUGUUUUCACAUACUUCUGUAAAUAAACGUGAUGCUAGCGUUAUGUCCCUGUACUGGAAGGGGAGCCAGGGAACUUGUGAAUCAUUAUGGUGGCGAGAGAGUUCCAACUUUAUUUCUAUUUAAAUUAACAAGCUUCCAUAUUCUCCAAGUGUAUUUAAUGUAAACAAUCUGUGGGGUUUCUGUAGUCUCCUUUAAACAGGUUGUGGCCAUGGGGGCACCACAUACAAUAAAUGUUCAAGAGUCAUUUUAUUUGUGCCUGUUAACUUAAGUUUCCUAUCUCCAUUUAAAAAUGUUUCUGUAAAUAUGGCACUAUGCAAAAUUAAAUGAUGCAAACAUGUAAACCAACAUUGGGCUAGAUUAUGAGUGGAGCACAAACGCUUGCACCCGAGUAAUUUAUCGCGAGGGUUUGUGCUCAUCAGGUGUACUGCUCGUAUUACAAGUUGAGAGUAAACGCAAUUGCUUGAGCGCAAUCGUGAUUUAAGCAAGAAAUAUUACCGUGACUUCAAAGCUCUGGUUAACAGUUUUGCGAAAAUAAAAAGUUGCAUAAAACACAUAAAAAAUGCAUCACAAAGUAUAGUUACACACAUAACACUAUUAAAAAAAAAUAUUGCACACAAAAGUUAAGUCUCAAAGGUAUGAGGUCUCAGGUGGUGUUGAAAAAUGUAUAUGGUGUGUGUGUAUAUAGAUAUAUAUUGGUGUGUGUGUGUGUGUGUACAUAUGUAUUAAUAUGUGUGUAUAUAUGUAUUUACAGACACAUAAAUACAUAUGUAUACACAUAGGCAGAUAUAUAAGUCCAUUGGAGCCCUUUGCCGUAGUAGGUGAAAACAUAUAAAAGCUUAUUAAAUAUUCAUAUUUAAUAGAGGUUUUAACUGUGAAUGUACUGUAAAUAUUUCACAUUCCAAUGUUCUGCACAUAGCAGAAUAUGUUCCAAGUAUUUCUAAAUAGAGAUAUAUAUAUAUAUAUAUAUAUAUAUAUAUAAAUAUCUGUGUGUGUGUAUAUAUAUAUAUAUAUAUGUAUGUAUGUGUGUAUAUAUGUAUAUUGUACCAAAUUACCAUCAGAAAUAUAUGUAUAUAUGAAUAACUAGAACAUAUAUAUUCUAUGUGCAUAACAUUGGAAUGUGAAAUAUUCAUAUUUUCAUAUCGGGUUUGCACAAAUGAGAAUGUGAUUGGGUUUGCUCGAAAGUAGGGUGUUUUUUUCCCACUUUAAUUUUUCUCCACACUUUUUUUUCUCUCCUCCAUUGACUUCUAUGGGGGAAUACAUAAACGUGCACACAAUAUUCUAAUUUUGAAUUUUUGCACUUUUCAGGUUAGCGUGAUUGCAAAAACGGUUUACUUUUUAACUUGUAAAUUGAGAGCAACCAAACGAGCUCAAAAAUCUUGUAGCGCAUAUUAAUCGCAAUUAAUCAAGUGGAAGCAUUCAUUUGAACUCCACUCGAAAUCUAGCCCAUUGUGUGCAGGCUGUACUAUAUACAAUACACUUAAAAGAAAGCAGAUAGUGCUGCGUUUAACCUCUUCUCUGCUACAUUGGCAAACAUUAUUUUUUGUGACUUGGACUCUCACUCCCCUUAACCCUUGUGCCGUGGUGGCUAGAAAAAGCUUUUGAGUACUCAAAACACAGUAAUUCCUUAUAUUGGAUAGAUGGUAUAAAUACCUAACUUUUAUGGAUAAAUCCAAAGACAAGAACGGUUAUGAUGGAUUGCAUAAUAUGGUAAGAGACCAGUACACCGCUGGAAAAUAGUUACUUUGUUAUGUUAGUUAUUCUCUGUUACUGUCAGAUUUUUGGGUGAUAUUCUCAUUUUGAAAGUGAUCAGAACUGUUGCAAAGAGUAAAGGCAGAAAAAAAAUCUGUAUUCAGCUUAUUAAACCAAAUAACCUGAAGAGGGCAGAAGAGCUGCUUGUGUGUAUAUAAGAUUUGCACACACAAGUGUAUGGCCAGUGCAUUACAAUAUAAACUGUAUGCAGGACAGUGUACUAAAAGAUAUGUCUUUGUUUUUAUAUUUGGUUGCACACCAAUCGGUUGGUUAAUGAGUGUGUACCUAAACACUAAUAUAUUCUCUGUGCAGCUUUCUCUUUUCUUCAUGGGGUGUAAGUAACAUGUGAGGGGCUGCUGUUUCUUUUCUUUAAUAUGUGAUCUGUAAAUUUUGAAGGGUAUAAAUGCAAUCUAUAUUUUUUAAUUUAUUAAAGCUUUGUUUUAUAAUUGAA